AUAGAUCAAACUGUGAACCUUUGCAUGUACCCUAAGAGGACAAUUUGAAGACAAUCUCUGCUAAGCAACACUUUUAUCCAUCAUUCCUGAUUACAUAUCAUACUUACAAAACCAAAAUAUACCAUAUAGACACACAUACUCACAUAUGCGAAGAUGCAAGAUGAAGAAAGAUACAUGACAUUGAACAUACAAUCAAAAAGAAGGAAUUCCAUCCAAACAUCCCAACUUAAAUCUAAAGUGACCUUGAGCUGGUAUAAAAUCUUAUUGGCAAUAUCUGGAACAGUAAAUGGUAUUCUGGCCUUGACUUUGAUCAUCCUGAUAUUGUUAGUUUCUCAGGGAGUGUUGCUAAAAUGCCAAAAAGGAAAUGCCAUCCAGCAUGAUGAGUUUGGAGACCUGAAAGUGAAGAGUGAAACAAGAGGAAAUCUAAGUAAUGAGGAUGCAGACAACUGUGUUUUAAGAGCUACAGGGCACAGAGGACUGUGCCCAUCCGAAUGGCUCAGAUAUCAAGAAAAGUGUUACUGGUUCUCUAGUGAAUUGAAAAGUUGGAGUGCUAGUUAUGAGUAUUGUUUGGGAAGACAAUCUCAUCUACUAAUCAUUCAGGACCAACUUGAAAUGGCUUUUAUACAGGAAAACCUAAGACAAUCAAAUUAUGUAUGGAUUGGACUUAACUUCACCUCCUCGAAGAGGACAUGGACCUGGGUGAAUGGUUCACCAUUAGAUCCAAGGCUAUUCUUCAUAAAGGGACCAGACAAAGAAAAUAGUUGUGCUGCCACCAAGGAAAACAAAAUUUACUCUGAAUCCUGCAGCAGUGUUUUCAAAUGGAUUUGCCAAUAUUAGCAUUUUUUUAACUUACAGUGGAAUAAUCAACAAAGUUUUGGACCUAUCGGGUUCUAACAUUAAUCUUUCAGGAGUAAGAGUUUAAAAAUUCAAUUAAACACCAAAAUCUCUACUCCUUCCCUCAUCUAUAUUGGUCCAGAGUAAUACAUUUUAACAAUCUAAUCUAAAGCCUUUCAAUUUUUUAUGUGAUAAUUUAAUCCAGAGUGAGCUCUUAUAUUUAUAUCCAAGAUUUUAUUCAUUGUUAAUUUUACAACAAAUGUGAUCAAUUUAUGUCUCUUUUUCUGUAUCUUGUUUUUUUACUCUUAACAAUGUCUUAUGUAAAUUCUUAUGGUUCUAAGAGUUGCAUUACAGUGCAGAUUUAUACAUUUUUCACCUUUCUUCCUGAAAAAUAACUAUUUCCAGGUUUUUUACUACUGUAAAUUGCACUGCAGUGAACACUUGGAAUAUAUUUUAAUAGGUAACAGUGCUUUUAUUUCUAUGAUAUAAAACAUAAAAAAUGGAUGUUGGGAAAAAGUGUUAAAUAUAUUGUUUUUUGGUUUUGGAUUUUAUCCAAAUUUUAUGUUUCCCUUUUUUUUUUCUAUUUAGAAGCUAUCACAAAUUGAUAAGAUGAUUGCAGGUACAGAAUAAUGAACUCGCUUUUUUUAUUUUUGAGAAAUUAGUUGCCAACUUGAUGCACCAUCACCCUUUGAUGCCUUAGUGUGUAUUUCCUACAAACAAAUGUCAUCUCCUACAUAACCACAAUACACUGAUGAAAAUUAGGAAAAUAGCAUCAACACAGUAUUACCAUCUAAUUCUCCGACUCCCGUCAAGGUUUGCCAACUUAGUACUAAUGUUCUUUGAAGUACAAGCAUCCAGUUUGGAAUCAAUUUCUGCAUUUAGUCACUCAGCCUUCCUUGACCUUGACAUACAUGACCUUGACAUUUUGGAAUACUACAGGCCAGUUAUUUUGUGAAAUGCACCUCUAAUUGAAUUUGUCUGAUUUUUCUUUCUCAUGCUUACAUUCAAGUUAUUCCUCUUUGGCAGCAAUAGCCUAGAAGGGAUCCAGUGAUAUUUUGUCCUUCUCACUGCAUCAUUUCAAGUGGCACACAGUGUUAUUUGUUCCAGUAUCGAUGAACUUGAUAUUGUAUUCACUUUGGUCACUGGAUUAACGGAAUGCAUGCUAGACUUCUCCACUGUAAAGUUACUCUUUUUCACUUAUAACUAACUAGUAUUUUGUGGGAAGUUACUUUCAAAUUCUGUAAAUAUCCCAUGCAUCAUCAAAAUUUCAAUUUAUUCAUUUUUUGAAUUUAUAUCUUUAUGGACUCCCAGUUCACACUUUGUUCAGCAAGUUAUAAUCUCUUAUUUUGAAGCUCAAAUUGUUCCAAAUUUGGUUAUGAGGUCAAUUCAAAGGGACAUCUGUGUUCCUGAUUUCCUAUAAACCCUUUGCUGAUUUGUAACAAAAAAAAAAAUGGUUAUUCUCUCAGCAGAGUACCAGUAGCCAUUCUUGCCAAUAUAUGAACCAGACUUUAUGUCUAGUCUGAUACAUAAAAACAAAGAUAAUUAAUCAGAAAAUAUAAAAAUAUAACUAUUUCUUUUUCCAAAUAAUUUGCUUCUUUUAUCUUAGUAAAUUGUAUUUUCUGAAUCCCCUCUAGAGUUCAAGCUCCAUGAGCAUAGGGAUUUUUACCUGUUCAUCAUUGUGUUGGUUGAAUGUACUGUGAUAGAUGCUAUGAAGAACAAUUGUGUGGUCCUUGUGGGAAUGUAAGGUAGGGGGAUCUGACUUGAUCACUGAAUUCAGGCAACACUUCCAUAAAUAUGUAACAAAUGAAUUGAGAGCUGAAGUGAGUAGAAAUACAUCAGAGAAGUAAAAAAAAAAAAAAAAAAAAAAUUCUAUGAAGUCCCAAAUUAAAAG